AUGUUCGCCCCAGCACGACGGCGGUGCGCCCAAACCCUCGCGAAGGCCUCGAGCCCGACGACCGACUCAAUACCGACUUUCCUGUUACCCGUAUUCUCACGGCCUACGCCCGCCAGGACCUUUACCUUAACAACAUCAUGUCAAUCGAAGAUCGGGUCCCUACCGCUCUCGUUACCCCAGGGAGUCACAUUCCAAGUGGUUGCGCCUUCGGCUAAGGCCAGGAGCUCAAGAGUGCAGGCAAUGUCUACAGUACACAUCAAGGGGCCGCUCGGCGAGCUUUCAAUGAGCAUUCCUCCAUAUAUCAAUAUCAACCAGGAUCCGGCAUUGGGUGGUCCAACAUUGACAAUAGAGGACGCAAAAGAUGCGAAACAGAAGGCAAUGUGGGGUACCACCCGCGCAUACCUCCAGAAUCACAUCCUCGGUGUUAGCGAAGGACACAGUGCCAUUCUCCGCUUCGUCGGUGUCGGUUACCGUGCCUCAGUCGAAGACACUGCGACUACCGUAGAAGCCGAAUUCCCGGGCCAGAAGUUCGUCAACUUGAAGGUCGGAUACACACACCCAGUCGAACUCGCCAUACCAAAGGGCAUGACCGCGAGUACACCGCAACCGACACGUCUACUAUUAGAGGGGCCAGAGAAGGAGGUAGUCAUGCAGUUCGCGGCCAAGAUAAGGGCCUGGAGGAAACCCGAACCAUACAAGGGCAAGGGUGUCUUCGUCAACGGCGAGACCAUCAAGAUCAAGAACAAGAGACACCGGAGAUGCUAUUUUCUACGUGAUCCUCGUGAACUGCGCGAUGAAAUCUACGCCUACUAUCUCAGUGACGAAGGAUACUAUCACCAACCCGAGUCGAAUACCUUACGACAUGCUGAUAGGCAGCUUCAAAAGCUAUCACAAGUUGUGGACAUAGACGUUUAUGCCCCUCAAUUGAGGGCACAACUUCGGAAUUCGACAUUCUACGAACGCCAAGCUUUGCAGUUUCUCCUUGAAAACAUAUCGGCUUUUGCUACUCAAACCAACCCCGUCAACGAGUUCAAUCACAGGAGUAGCAAUAGAAUCAAGCUCUCGCUAGGACCUGUGGGUAGUGAUACUUCUGAGAUCGUCGCUUCGAGAAUCUCAUCCGUGGAGUGGCCACCUUGGGUAUUGCCUACGGCGUGGCAUAUACCAAAGUUGCGCGAAAUCGUCAACUCUGUAGAUAAGAGCAACCCAGGGCAGGACUCCUACAAAAAUGUGCACCAGCUUAGGUACUAUGAAUCAGCUACCUCGCAAUAUAUCCGCUUUCUCGGCAUGUUGGAACAGGACGCGAGUCUCCGCUUGCGGCACCUGAUCAUACGCGAAGACCGCAAAUCUUGCACAAAACCACGUUGCCAUGCGUAUGGUCUUGUUCCAUAUCUCAAAGGUCUGCCUCAUCUACGCGUCGACCAUCACGUUGAUAUGUGGCAUGCCAUCUUUUCGACAGGGUACAGUGACUUCUCCGUUAUAGACCUCGACUUGCGAUCCUGGCCAGACCGCUGGUUUAUCCCUUCGAUAUACAGUGCGGUACAUAAGACCGCUGCCUGGAUCAAGGAAGCGAUGUAUUUGCGACACGCCGGUGUGCCUCCUUCUACCUGCCGUCUUCAUCUCGAGGCACCGAUGGAGACCGUUAAGGAUAUCUGGGGUGCCAUGAAGUUUUACGCAGCCCUUGGCCACUCGACCUCACAUGAGAUGGACUGGUCCUUCCCUUGUGACGAUGUCUUUGUGUCUUGUGUACGACUCAUUCUAUCUGGGGAUCCCACUGUACACUUGCCGUGUCCUAUAGGCACUCUGGAAGAAUUCGAAGAAGAGAUUGGUCGCAUCAGCGAGGAUUUGAAGAGUUUGCCAAGAGGAUGCUGGGAGGAUUAUGGAAACAAUGUCUUUGAGAGAGAUCUGGACACUUCGAUGGUCGAUUUCAAGGCCAUCCAUGAGUUGUAUAUAGACAGCCCGGCAUGA